GCCACCGUGUUCCGCAGGUAAAAACGUGCCCACGUUUCUUGGGCACCCGGUUGGGAUCAUAUUUUCAUAUGAUAAGCCUUAAACAUACCCCCAUCCCUGCUCUUGGGUCUGACUAUUUUUUGCCCCAUUCUUUGAAUCGGUUUUUUACCCUUUAGUGGAUUAUCAUGACGUUAGAUAUCGACUUGUUUCGACCGGAAAAGGGCGGUGAUCCCGCCAAAGUGCGUCAGAAUCAGAUCAACCGAUUUGAUGACCCGAAAGCCGUGGAAAAAGUCGUGGCAGCCGAUGAACAAUGGCGAAAAGCACGACAUGAAGCGGAUAACUGGAACAAGCUCAAGAAUCUGGCCUCCAAAGCCAUUGGUGAAAAGAUGAAGGCCAAUCGAGGCGGCCCCAAAGUAUCCGAAUCCACUCCAACCUUCAACAAUAAGUGGGUUUGGAUUUUGAGUCCGUCCACUGGCACUCCUCCUCCGCCCUCUGAAAUGUUAGCCGCCCUUGAGACGCAUUUGACUGUGCGUAGUUACAUGGAAGGUCACUCGCCCACGCACAUCGAUGCCGAGCUCUUUAGAGUGGUCACACCCGUGCUCGAGGAAAUCCAGUCCAGUGGACCAUUUCACAAUGUGGCGCGAUGGUAUCGGCAUAUCGACAGUUUCGGGCCCGAAGCUCGGAAAUUAUUUCCGAAAAAAGAGGCUGUCGGCUCGGAUGAGGCUCUUCCCUCCGAAGUCACCGCCAAUCUAUCUACACUCACCAAAGAGCAAUGUGAGCCCUUGACCGUGACUCAAAUCAAGCGGAUUCGCACGUUGAUCGACGAGGCCAUCGUUAAAAACAACGAGGAUCUUCAACGAUAUGCCGAUGAGCGGGACAACAUCUUGAAGGAGAUCGCCAAUUGGGUUCAUCCCUCCGUGCCCAUCUCCAACGACGAGGAUAAGGACAACCGUGUGGAGCGAACUUUCGGCGAUAUCGAGCAGCGCAAAAAGUACUCUCAUGUGGAUCUGAUCCAUAUGAUUGGCGGAAUGGAUGCGGAACGCGGUACCGUCACCGCUGGAGCUCGUGGUUACUAUUUAAUGGGCCCGGCAGUGGCCCUCCAACAAGCCUUACUCCAACUGGCCAUGCAGACCUUGAUCAAGAAGGACUUUACGCCUCUGUACACGCCCUUCUUCAUGCGCAAGGAUGUGAUGCAAGAAGUGGCCCAAUUGUCCCAAUUCGAUGACGAAUUGUACAAGGUCACUGGCAAAGGUAGCGAGAGGUCUGACGAUAAAAGCGUGGAUGAGAAAUACCUCAUUGCCACCUCGGAACAGCCCAUUGCGGCAUUUCAUCGCGAGGAGUGGAUCAACGAGAAGGAUCUGCCCAUAAAAUAUGCUGGAAUAUCUACGUGCUUCCGCCAAGAAGUCGGCUCUCACGGUCGAGACACACGUGGCAUCUUCCGUGUCCAUCAAUUUGAAAAGAUCGAGCAAUUUGUCAUCACCUCGCCUCACGAUAACAAGUCUUGGGAUGCUUUGGACGAGAUGAUCGGCAAUGCUGAGGAAUUUUGCCAACUCCUGAACAUCCCCUAUAGGGUGGUUUGUAUCGUAUCAGGAGCUCUGAAUAAUGCUGCCGCGAAGAAACUCGAUUUGGAGGCGUGGUUCCCGGGAUCUGGAGCAUUUAGGGAGCUCGUCUCAUGUUCCAAUUGUUUGGAUUACCAAGCCCGGCGAUUGCGCGUGCGCUACGGACAGACCAAAAAAAUGAACCAAGCUACCGAGUAUUGCCACAUGCUGAAUGGAACGAUGUGUGCCGUGACCCGCGUAAUCUGCGUUUUGAUGGAGCUCAACCAAACCGAGGAAGGGAUCGUAGUUCCCAAGGCCCUCAAGAACUGGAUGCCCGAAAAAUAUCAAGAUUUGAUUCCUUUCGUGAAACCAGCUCCCAUUGAUGAAGCCGAAUCCAAAAAGGUCAAAAAGCAAAAGGACGGUAUGAAAAAAGGCGAUAAAAACGAACAAUGACAAGUUAAACCUCGUUUUUGUUGAGAAAUAAAUAAACCGCUCUGGUUAA